CUGCCCCCAACAACUCACUUCAACCUCUCCCAAAAACCCUAACACUCUCUAUUUAUAUAUACAUUACAUCUACACACACAUAUACAUACAUAGCUUGAGAGACAGAGAGAGAGAGAGAGAGAGAGAAUAUGGAGAGUGAGCGACCACCACCAUCGGCUUUGGAAGUUCAACAACCGCCGGCGCUGUCGAAAUCGUCGCUGCGGAAGACAAUAAUUGUGGCGUCAAUCGCCGCCGGGGUCCAAUUCGGGUGGGCACUACAGCUCUCCCUACUAACACCCUACGUGCAGCUACUGGGCAUCCCCCACACUUGGGCCGCCUUCAUUUGGCUCUGCGGCCCAAUCUCCGGCAUGAUAGUCCAACCCCUAGUCGGCUACUACAGCGACCGCUGCACCUCCCGAUUCGGCCGCCGCCGCCCCUUCAUCGCCGCCGGGGCUGGCCUGGUCGCCAUCGCCGUCUUCCUCAUCGGUUUCGCCGCCGACCUAGGCCACCUCUCCGGCGACAACCUGGGUCGGACCCCAAAACCCCGAGCCAUCGCGGUUUUCGUAGUCGGGUUCUGGAUCCUCGACGUCGCCAAUAACAUGCUCCAAGGCCCUUGCCGGGCCCUCCUGGCGGAUCUUUCGGGCGACAACCAACGGAAAAUGCGAACCGCCAACUCUUUAUAUUCCUUCUUCAUGGCAGUCGGGAACGUUCUCGGGUUCGCCGCCGGGUCAUAUACCCAUCUCCACAAAGCCUUCCCAUUCUCAUCCACACGUGCAUGUGAUGUGUACUGUGCGAACCUCAAGAGCUGUUUCUUUAUCUCAAUCGCUCUCUUAAUCACUCUAACCACCAUAGCUCUAACAACAGUGCGUGAAAAACCCAUCUCCAAACCGGAAUCGGGAAAUACCGGUGUCUUGGACGGGGUCGGCAAGGAUGGGGAAAAGGCUAAGCCGGUGCCGUUCUUCGGAGAAAUAUUCGCUGCGCUGAAGGACUUGCCUAGGCCCAUGUGGAUCUUGCUUCUGGUGACGUGUCUUAAUUGGAUUGCUUGGUUCCCUUUCUUGUUGUUCGACACGGAUUGGAUGGGCAGGGAGGUGUACGGAGGGAAGGUUGGGGAAGGACAGGCUUACGAUCACGGCGUCCGCGCGGGUGCAUUGGGGCUGAUGCUGAACUCGGUGGUGUUGGGGUUCAUGUCACUCGCGGUGGAGCACAUGGCUCGUGGGCUCGGCGGGGUGAAGCGCUUGUGGGGUGUGGUCAACUUUUUGCUGGCGAUUUGUCUGGCCAUGACGGUGGUGAUUACCAAAAAAGCAGAGUCCGCACGCCAUUUCGCCGCCGCACACAACGGAGGAGCCACCCCUUCGCAUCCUGAUACCGGCGUCAAGGUCGGCGCGUUGACACUCUUCUCCGUUCUCGGAAUCCCUCUAGCGGUGACUUACAGCAUUCCGUUUGCUCUAGCAUCCAUUUUCUCAAACAGAGCUGGUGCAGGGCAAGGUCUCUCUCUGGGAGUUCUGAAUCUUGCAAUAGUUAUCCCACAGAUGGUGGUAUCAGUAGCAAGUGGACCGUGGGAUGCCUUAUUCGGGGGUGGCAACUUACCUGCGUUUGUUGUAGGUGCGGUUGCAGCAGCAGCGAGCGGGGUGUUUGCAGUUACCAUGCUUCCAUCUCCGCCACCUGAUACUGCAUCCACCAAAGUUCCGAUGGCUAUUGCUGCAUUCCAUUGAAAUUUAGGGUUUUGGAGUAAAACUUUUUUUGUUUUUUGUUUUUUGCUAUUUGUUUUUUGUUUUUGUUUUUGUGUGUGUGUGUGUGUGGGUGUAAUUUGGGUUUUGGAACAAUGACCAUUCUUGGUCUAGUAGCUUCUCUGUCUCAAAGACUGUACCCUUACGCUAAAGCGUGGUACAGCCAAGUUUUAAUCUCAUAAAGCUUUGUGUGA